GUGAAAUCUUUAUCUUUGACUUGUUCAAGUAGUCAGAACAUUGCCAAACCAAGAUGCUGAAAACUGAGGUUCUGCUUUUCGCCAUGGCACUGAGCAUUGUCUGUGGGGCAUCAGGACCCGAAAAAACUCAUCGAGCGGUGAAGGAGAUCAUUAAAACCCUGAAAGAUAUAAGAAAGGCGCAAGUACCUGAUGCCUGUAAAAAUGACAUGGUGAUGGACAUUUUCAGCAAUAUUAAGGAUCUGAGUACAUCUGACGCAUUCUGUAAAGCUGCCAAAACUCUACAGAAACUUACUCCGUGUAAGGCCAUGCACAAAAAUAUACAGAACCUUAAAGAGAACUUACGAAAAUUUGAAACCGAGACAACCAACUGCACCCUGGACCAUUCUAAAAUUGAUUUAAAUGAAUUUCUUGCACAACUACUCCUGUUUUCCAGACAAUAUUAUUCUUAUAAACAUUGAGACAUCAUCUUCAAUUUUAGUUGUGCAUCGG